ACAAGAGACCAUAAAAAAAUUGCGUUUAGAAAAAGAUCACUAUAGGGAAAUAGUGCCUGGGAUGUUGAAAAUAAAUAGCAAACGCAAUAGGUCAUCUUAGUGCAAGAGAGUCACAGAAUGUCUAAUUCUCUCUGAGAAAGAGGUGUUACCCAUGGGUUUGCCUUGGUAUCGUGUACAUACAGUUGUUUUAAAUGAUCCCGGUCGUUUGAUUGCUGUGCAUAUCAUGCACACUGCUCUAGUUUCUGGAUGGGCUGGUUCUAUGGCUUUGUAUGAACUAGCAGUUUUUGACCCUUCUGAUCCUGUUCUUGAUCCAAUGUGGAGACAAGGCAUGUUUGUAAUUCCUUUCAUCACUCGAUUGGGAGUUACUAAAUCAUGGGGUGGCUGGAGUAUCACUGGAGAAACCGUUAAUGAUGCUGGUCUAUGGAGUUACGAAGGUGUAGCAGCUGUUCAUAUUGUUCUUUCUGGACUAUUAUUCCUAGCAGCAAUUUGGCACUGGGUUUACUGGGAUCUUGAACUAUUCCGUGAUGAGAGAACUGGCAAACCUUCCUUAGAUUUACCUAAAAUCUUUGGAAUUCACCUUUUCUUAUCUGGAGUACUUUGCUUUGCUUUUGGUGCGUUUCACGUAACUGGUUUAUUUGGUCCUGGCAUCUGGGUUUCUGAUCCAUAUGGAAUUAGUGGAAGUGUACAACCUGUAGCUCCAGCUUGGGGUGCAGAAGGAUUCGAUCCUUUUAACCCAGGUGGUAUUGCGUCACACCAUAUUGCAGCAGGUAUUUUAGGAAUUCUAGCAGGAUUAUUCCACCUAAGUGUUCGUCCUCCUCAGCGUCUUUAUAAAGGAUUGCGUAUGGGGAACAUUGAAACCGUACUAUCUAGCAGUAUUGCAGCAGUUUUUUGGUCAGCUUUUGUAGUAGCUGGAACUAUGUGGUAUGGUAGUGCAGCAACUCCUAUCGAACUAUUUGGGCCUACUCGUUAUCAAUGGGAUCAAAACUAUUUCCAAGAAGAAAUUGAAAGACGUGUUCGUGCUAGUCAAGCUGAAGGGUUAAGUCUAUCUGAAGCUUGGUCUAAGAUUCCUGAGAAACUAGCAUUCUACGAUUACAUUGGAAAUAACCCUGCUAAAGGAGGACUAUUCCGUGCAGGUGCUAUGGAUAAUGGAGACGGUAUUGCAGUAGGCUGGUUAGGUCAUGCUGUAUUUACAGAUAAAGAAGGUAAUGAACUAUUUGUUCGUCGUAUGCCAACUUUCUUUGAAACCUUCCCUGUUGUUUUACUAGAUAAAGACGGAGUAGUUCGUGCAGACGUUCCUUUCCGUAGAGCAGAAUCUAAAUAUAGUAUUGAACAAGUAGGUGUAACUGUACAAUUUUACGGUGGAGAACUAGACGGUGUAAGUUUUAGUGAUCCUACUACUGUGAAAAAAUAUGCAAGACGUGCACAAUUAGGUGAAAUUAUUGAAUUUGACCGUGCUACUCUUAAAUCUGAUGGGGUAUUCCGUAGUAGCCCAAGAGGAUGGUUCACAUUUGGACAUGCUAAUUUAGCAUUCUUAUUCUACUUUGGCCAUAUCUGGCAUGGUGCUAGAACUCUAUUUAGAGACGUAUUCUCUGGAAUUGAUCCUGAUCUUGAAGCACAAGUAGAAUUCGGUCUUUUCCAAAAACUUGGAGACCCAAGCACCAAGAGACAAGCUGUAUAGAUAUAAAUAUCUGUACUCAGUUCUAUUUAUGUAUCUUAGUAUGUAUCAAUGAAUCUAUAAAAAGAUU